AUGGGUUCCGGAAGACUCUCCCUCGUCCUCUUCCUGCUCCUGGCCUUCUCCUCGAGUGACCUUCCCGGCUGCGUAGACGCCCGGCCUCUCCGCUUCUUCGACCAUCGGAGUAAGCUCUCUCUCUCUCUCCCCUCUCUCUCUCUCUAAAAGGGUCUUGGUGGGACUGAGGGAUGGUCGCCUUGCUGGCAGACUAUGCGAAGGUGCUGGCGUCGCUGGGAUUGACGUGCCGGUGCUGCGACGGGGAAGGAGGGGAGUGCAGGACGCAGUGGGACUCCGCGUGCGCCGAGGUCCGAUGCCAUCCGUGGAAGUUCCUCUGA